UAAAAGCAUAAUAAUUUAGUGGAAUUUGAGGGGAUUUUCUUUUGUAUGCAAGUCAAAGCCUUCUCUUUCUUUCUUUCUUUCUUUCUUUCUUAAGAGGGUUUGAUUUAAAGAAUGAAUCUUGGUGAUGAAAAAGGUGUAAAGGUGGAAACUUUACAUGUUACUAGAUCAAAAAUGAACAAAAACAAGAUAAAAAAGAAGAAGAAAAAUGAUGAAGAUUUUGUUGGAUGUUGGAAUAAAUGGGGAUUUAUUGGCAGCUGUGUUUCUUCAAGAUCUAAAGUUGAUAGCUCCACAAGUGGCAUAAGUAGUCACUUUGAAAUUAAGUCAACUAAUAAUGUUAGUAAAGAUCAACCUACAACGAGUAACAGUGAAAACAAUUUGCCUACUUUGACCCCUGCGGAUGAACUUAAAGUUGCUUCUAGACUUCGUAAAUUCGGUUUCAAUGAUCUUAAAUUGGCGACUCGGAACUUUAGACCCGAAAGUCUUCUUGGUGAAGGGGGUUUCGGGUGUGUAUUCAAAGGAUGGAUUGAAGAGAAUGGAACUGCACCGGUGAAACCGGGGACUGGACUUACGGUCGCUGUCAAAACUCUGAAUCAUGAUGGGCUCCAGGGUCAUAAAGAGUGGCUGGCAGAAGUAAACUUUCUUGGUGAUCUUGUUAAUCCAAAUUUGGUUAAAUUGAUCGGUUACUGCAUUGAAGAUGAUCAACGAUUGCUAGUAUAUGAGUUUUUGCCUCGAGGGAGCUUGGAAAAUCACUUGUUCAGAAGAUCAUUGCCUCUUCCAUGGUCCAUCAGGAUGAAAAUUGCUCUUGGUGCAGCAAAGGGUCUUGCUUUUCUUCAUGAAGAAGCCAAAAGACCUGUGAUUUAUCGUGAUUUUAAAACCUCUAACAUUUUGUUAGAUGCGGAAUACAAUGCCAAACUGUCUGAUUUUGGUCUUGCUAAAGAUGGCCCAGAGGGUGAUAAAACUCACAUAUCUACUCGAGUCAUGGGAACUUACGGUUAUGCCGCUCCAGAAUAUGUGAUGACAGGACACCUGAGCUCAAAAAGUGAUGUUUAUAGCUUUGGUGUUGUUUUACUUGAAAUGUUGACCGGGCGGAGGUCAAUGGACAAGAAGCGUCCAAAUGGGGAACACAAUCUUGUUGAAUGGGCCCGCCCGCAUUUAGGAGAGAGAAGACGGUUUUAUCGGUUGAUAGACCCUCGGUUAGAAGGUCAUUUCUCAAUAAAAGGAGCCCAAAAGGCUGCACAACUUGCAUCUCGUUGUCUUAGUCGUGAUCCAAAAGCCAGGCCUUUAAUGAGUGAAGUUGUUGACUGUCUUAAACCUUUGCCAGCCCUCAAAGACAUGGCAGGCUCGUCAUAUUACUUACAAACGGCUCAACCUGAACGUGCUGGAUCCAGUCCAGAUCCAAGCCGAACACGUGUUGCUUCUUUCUCAAGAAACGCAUCACAGAAUCCACGUACACUCUCAAUACCAAAUGCUUCACCUCGUCAUCAUCAAUUUCUGCAAGAUUCACCAAAGCCAAAUGGAAAGCAAUAACAAUGAGUACUUACCAGUGCUGCCAACUGUUUGUUUAUGGCACUCGGGUGUCGAAUUUGUAGUGUUGUGAUCAUUUUAGAGUGAGCAUGACAACCUCCUAUUCUGGGAGACUGUAAUUUAUGAUAAUGACAUUGGUUAUGUUGAUAUAGUAUGAUGAUAAAUCAAUUACAUUUGUUGAAAAUAGAUGUGAUGGCUUUCUGCCUUACCCUUUA